GGAAGCAGGUCUGGAAGGUUACAGUGGUUGCCCGCCGGCCGAGGGGAUCCAAAAUGUACAGCCAGCGAUUCGGCUCCGUCCCGCGGGAAGUUAAGGGCCCCACUCCUAAAGUGGUGAUGGUGAGAGCCAAACCCUCCAAAGUCCAAGGGGCUGAGAAACAUCUGGAAAGAAUCCAACGCAGCCACCAGAAGUACCAUGCUACUUUGGCCUCCAUUAAGGCAAGGGAGCGGGAUCGUCUCAAAGUUGAGUGGGACCAGUGCAAUGAUCGCAAGUUUUUGCACAACCUUGUGCAAGCAAGAAUCAAGGAUGCCAUGCAAGGGUUUAUCAUCAACACUGAAGAAAGACGAAACAAGCUUCGUGAACUUUUAGCAUCAGAAGAAAAUGAGUAUUUUGCUGAAAUGCAACAGAAAAAAGAAACCAUCGAGGAGAAAAAAGAUAGAAUGAGAGAGAAAACCAAAUUAUUAAAAGAGGAGAAAGAAAAAGAGAGACAGAAUUUUGUGGCAGAAAAGUUAGACCAGCAAUUCAGGGAAAGCUGUGAAGAGCUUCGUACUAAAUUGUUCAACGUCCAUCAUAAGAAGGUGUGCGAGGAGCGGAAAGCGCAGGUAGAAUUUAAUGAGGAGCGGAAGAGGCAAAAACUAGUGGAAGAACAGAUGUUCUCCAGGCUCUGGGAGGAAGACCGAUUGGCCAAGGAGAAGCGAGAAGCCCAAGAGGAGAGGAGACAGAAGGAGCUGGUGGAGAACACGCGCCUGGGGCUGAAAGCACAGGUCACCAGCAUCCUGGCCCAAAAGCAGGCCGAACAGUUGCUGAAGGAAGAGGAGGCGCGCCUCCUGGAAGAGGACAAUGCACAGGUUAAACUUGAGAAGGAACAAGAUAAACUAAAGAAACAGAAGGCAAAGCAGGAAAUUAGGACUGGUCUGCAGAAAACCUUACAAGAGAAGAUGGAGCAUAUUCAGCAGGAGUACAGAGAAGAGCAGGACUUGAACAUGAAACUUGUGCAAAGAGCCCUUCAAGACUUACAGGAAGAGGCAGAUAAAAAGAAGCAAAAAAGAGAAGAUAUGGCAAGAGAACAGAAGAUAUAUCAUAAAUAUUUGGUACAGCGACGUGAGGAAGAAAAUGCUCAGGAGAAAGAAUUGGACAGGAUAUUAGAAGAAGAGAAGGAAAAGAAGAUGGCUGAGAAGGACAAGGAGCUGAAGCUUGAAAAGGAGGCUAGGAAACAACUCCUGAAUGAGGUCAUGUGUACAAGAAAACUCCAAGUUCAAGAAAAGCUACAACGAAGAGCCAAAGAACAGGAAGAAUAUGCUAUGGAACAGGAACGCAUAAAUGAAGGUCUUAAACAACUUAACUGUGAAGAAAAGGAGAAUUUUGCAAGACGCUGUGGCUUAGCCCAGGAGUACAGGAAGCAACUUCAGAUGCAAAUAGCCUAUCAGCAGCAGGCCCGUGAAGCAGAGAAGGAAGAGCAACGCCGAGAGUUUGAAGUAGGGAUGGCAGAAAGCAAGAUUUUCCUGGACAAGGUCCAGGAGAUCCUGACCACCCAUCAAGUACUGCCCCGAAACAUUCAUCCCUUGCGGAGGGCAUGCCCCGAUAAGCUUCCAUCAUAAUUUUUUAAACAUUGGUACAUCUUUUCUCAACCUUUUAAUGUUAUUCUCUAAAUUUGUGUAAUUUAUUAUACAUAAUUUUCUCCCUUAAAAUAAACUUGUUCCUUUUUUGGAGUUC